CUAAAAAAUCAAUUUUUAAGGGGUAGAAUUUUCCUAAUACAUAUUAUGUAUAACAAAAGUUUGUUAAUUUUGCCUCUCUUUUAAUUAGCAUUAUUACUUAAGUUGAGAGUUGAGAGAGUUAGAGAGAUUGAUUAAAUCAUCAAUGGAAGUCAUCAUCAUCAUCACCACCAUCACCCUCCUUCUAAUCUCUUUCUUCUUCCUCAAAUUCAUUACCAGAAGAAGAAACCCAACUCUUCCACCGGGACCCUUUGCUCUUCCCAUCAUCGGAAAUCUCUUAUUCAUCCGAAAAUCCUUCUCCCAACUCGAACCCAUCCUCCGCAACCUCCACGCCAACUACGGUCCCCUCGUCUCUCUCCACCUCGGCUCACGCCGCGCCGUCUUCAUAGCCGACCGUGUUUUAGCCCACCAAGCUCUAGUCCAAAACGGCGCCGUAUUCGCCGACCGUCCACCGGCUCUACCCACCGCUAAAAUCUUCAACAGUAAUCAGCACAGUAUCAGCUCAGCCAGGUACGGCUCGACUUGGCGGCUCCUGCGCCGAAACAUCAGCUCCGAAAUCCUACACCCUUCAAGGGUCAAGUGCUAUUCACGCGCUCGCAAAUGGGUUUUGGAUAUUCUCUUAAAACGACUCGAAUUGGAUUCACAAAACGCUGCCGUUUUGGCUCAUUUUCAGUACGCUAUGUUUUGUUUAUUGGUUUUGAUGUGUUUUGGGGUAAAUAAUAAGAUUGAUGAAACUAAGAUUAAAGAGAUUGAGAAUGUUCAACGUCGAUCGUUGUUGACUUUUUCAAGAUUCAAUAUACUCAAUGUGUUCCCAAGGUUGACUAAGAUUGUGUUUAGAAAAAGGUGGGAAGAGUUGUUGAAGCUGAGACAAGAACAAACUCAGAUUCUGUUACCUCUCAUAAAUUCUAGGAACAAGGUUGAUGAUGAUGAUGAUGAUUUUGUGGUUUGUUAUGUUGAUACUUUGUUGGGUUUAGAGUUAGGAGAGGAAAUGAGGAAGCUUGAUUCAGAUGAAAUGGUUAGUUUGUGUUCUGAGUUUUUGAAUGCUGGUACUGAUACAACCUCAACUGCAUUGCAAUGGAUCAUGGCUAAUUUAGUCAAAUAUCCCAAAAUUCAACACAAGAUUUAUGAUGAGAUUAAAGGGGUUGUUACAGCCAAGACCGGGGUGAUUGAAGAGGAGGAUUUGGAGAAGAUGAGUUAUUUGAAAGGUGUGAUUUUGGAAGGGUUAAGGAGACACCCUCCAGCUCAUUUUGUGUUGCCACAUGCAGUGAGUGAGGAUGUUGUUUUGGGUGGACAUUUGGUGCCUAAGAAUGGGAGUGUUAAUUUCAUGGUUGCUGAGAUGGGUUGGGAUCCAAAGGUGUGGGAGGAUCCUAUGGAGUUUAAACCAGAGAGGUUUAUUAAUGGUGAUGGUAGUAAGGUUGAGUUUGAUGUAAGUGGGAAUAGGGAGAUAAAGAUGAUGCCUUUUGGUGUUGGGAGGAGGAUAUGUCCUGCUCAUGCUUUGGCUAUGCUUCAUUUGGAGUAUUUUGUGGCUAAUUUGGUUUGGAAGUUUGAGUGGAAUAAGGUUAAUGAUGUUGAUGAUGUUGAUUUGUCUGAGGUACAAGAGUUCACAGUUGUUAUGAAGAAUCCUUUGCAUGCAUGCUUGACUCUCAGGAAACACUAGGAGACUACAUAUAUGAUAAAUAUGUCUAUCUGCAGUUGUUGGUUUAAUUGUGUCUUAAGUUAAUUAAGUUGAUCAAUAAAGAUAUUAUUUGGUGUGGUUUUCAUA